CACUUUCGCUCAGCCUGCUUUUUUUUAAUGGAGAAUGUGAGCUGCAUUUUUGCGCAUGCCCAUUGAGCAUUGGAAGCCAUGUUGAAGUUUCAGUGGCUGGCUGUGCUUUUCUGACGCUGUAUGUUUUUAGGUUUGUUUUCUUCCAUUUGUAGUAUUGGUGACGCUCAACCAUACCAUUCGGAACCAUAAAUUGGAGUUCUGAAGAUGAAUUCCUGCGUCGACCUAUCCAGGCGCAAUCCGCAGGAGGAUUUCGAGCUAAUUCAGCGGAUAGGAAGCGGGACAUACGGAGAUGUCUACAAGGCCCGUAAUGUCAACACUGGGGAGUUGGCUGCCAUUAAAGUCAUUAAGCUGGAACCUGGUGAAGACUUUGAGGUGGUGCAGCAGGAGAUCAUCAUGAUGAAGGACUGCAAACACUCCAACAUCGUGGCCUACUUCGGUAGCUAUCUCCGGAGGGAUAAAUUAUGGAUCAGCAUGGAGUACUGCGGAGGAGGAUCUCUGCAGGAUAUUUAUCAUGUGACUGGGCCUCUGUCUGAGUCUCAGAUUGCGUAUAUGUCACGGGAAACCCUCCAGGGUUUGUACUAUCUCCACAACAAAGGCAAAAUGCACAGAGACAUUAAGGGAGCAAAUAUUCUAUUGACAGACAACGGCUAUGUGAAACUAGCUGACUUUGGUGUAUCAGCACAAAUCACUGCCACGCUGGCUAAGAGGAAGUCCUUCAUUGGAACACCAUACUGGAUGGCUCCAGAGGUGGCAGCCGUGGAGAGGAAGGGGGGCUACAACCAGCUGUGUGAUAUCUGGGCCGUGGGCAUCACAGCUAUCGAGCUUGCCGAGCUGCAGCCUCCCAUGUUCGACCUGCACCCUAUGAGGGCCCUUUUCUUGAUGACAAAGAGUAAUUUCCAGCCACCCAAAUUGAAAGACAAAGUGAAAUGGGGAAAUAAUUUCCAUCAUUUUGUCAAAUUGUCCCUGACGAAAAAUCCCAAGAAGAGGCCAACAGCAGAGAAACUAUUACAGCACCCGUUUGUGUCACAGCCUCUCAGUCGAACCCUGGCCAUCGAACUGCUGGACAAAUCCAACAACCCAGACCACACCACAUACAACGACUUUGACGAUGACGACCCAGAACCAGAGUCUCCAGUGUCUGUUCCCCAUCGGAUUCGCUCCACCAGCAGGAGCACCAGGGAAGGGAAGACCCUGUCCGAGAUCAACUUUGGCCAGGUGAAGUUUGACCCUCCGCUGAGGAAGGAGACAGAGCCCCAUCAUGAGCCGCCUGACUCUGACCCGUUUUUGGACUGUGCAGAAGAGCUGUACUACACUGCGAGAUCUAAUCUGGACCUUCAACUGGAGUAUGGACAGGAAUCUCCAAGCCUAAUGGGGGAAAACAAGAGUCUUCUCAAAUCAGUGGAGGAGGAGCUUAAGCAGAGGGGUCACAUGACACAUUUAGAGACCGAUGAUGAUGAUGGUGGUGAUGAUGGUGAUGAAACUCAACACAAACACAGUACCAUCAUGAGGCCCAAAGUCCCACCCCCACUGCCCCCCAAGCCCAAGUCCAUCUGUCUGCCCCAGGAGAGCCCGUCCCAGGAGAGGAUGAUGGAGGGGACCAUCAAGCGCUGCCCCGUACCCGAGAGCCCUGCCCGAACCACCUCCUCAAACGUACCCCCACGCCCUCCACCCCCACGCCUGCCCCCCCACAGACGCAGUAGCCUAGGUAACGAGAGCACACAGAGCCAGGCUGGUUCAGAGCCCGAGGGGAAUGAUGAUGGGAGCUUUAGGCAUUUCUGGGAGUGGCUUCACGCCCCGCACACAGAAGAGGAGUUGGAAGAGGUGUUGGAGGAUGAGAGUAAUGGAUUGAACUCUCACCAGAAUGGAGAGAAGGACAGUGCUACAGAGAGGCAGUCCACCAUGCCCCCUAGUGUCCCCAUACGGAAAGACAAGAAGGACAUUACGAAGCCUAUCAGUAAUGGCCUCCCACCCACACCCAAGGUCCAUAUGGGGGCCUGUUUCUCCAAGGUGUUCAACGGCUGCCCGUUGAAAAUCCACUGUGCCACGUCCUGGAUCAACCCAGACACCAGAGACCAAUAUUUGAUAUUUGGUGCCGAGGAGGGAAUCUACACUUUAAAUCUGAACGAACUGCACGAGACGUCCAUGGAGCAGCUCUUUCCCCGCCGGUGCACUUGGCUUUAUGUUAUGAACAACUGCCUGCUCUCUAUAUCUGGAAAAGCCUCUCAGCUCUACUCUCAUAACGUAGCUGGUCUGUUUGAGCAUGCCCGGCAAAUGCAGAAGUUACCCAUGGCCAUUCCCACACACAAACUCCCAGACAAGAUGAUUCCACGGAAAUUUGCCAUAUCCAAUAAGAUUCCAGACACAAAAGGGUGCCAAAAGUGCUGCGUGGUGAGGAAUCCCUACACGGGUCACAAGUACCUGUGUGGUGCGUUCCAGUCCAGUGUGGUUCUGCUGGAGUGGGUGGAGCCCAUGCAGAAGUUUAUGCUCAUCAAGAACAUCGACUUCCCCCUGCCCUGUCCCCUGGAGGUGUUUGAGAUGCUGGUGGUGCCGGAUCAGCAGUACCCGCUCAUCUGUGUGGCCGUCAGCAAGGGCAUCGAGCUCAGCCAAGUGGUCCGCUUCGGCACGGUCAACCCCAACUCAACCUCCUCCUGGUUCACAGAGGCCGAUACGCCCCAGACUUGUGUUAUCCACGUCACCCAGUUGGAGAGGGACACCAUCUUAGUUUGUCUGGACAGGUGUAUAAAGAUAGUGAACCUACAAGGAAGGUUGAAGUCCAGCAGGAAGUUGUCUGCUGAGCUGACUUUUAACUUCCAGAUCGAGGCGAUAGUGUGUCUCCAAGAUAGCGUUCUGGCAUUUUGGAGGCAUGGCAUGCAAGGGCGGAGUUUCAAAACCAAUGAGAUCACCCAGGAAAUCUCUGAUAACACGCGGAUCUUCAGCCUGCUUGGAUCUGACAGAGUGGUGGUGCUGGAAAGCAGGCCGACCGACAACCCCACAGCAGCCAGCAACCUCUACAUCCUGGCAGGACACGAGAACAGCUACUGAUCCCACAGCGUCUUGGUUCCACAAGACACUACAGACAGACUACUGCUUUAGCUUCUCAGAAGACUGGUCCUUCAAGGGUCCACUUCCAACUUGCCUCUUACUUCCUUUUAACACCUAUAUUUAUUGUGGCAUGUAACAAAGAACUGGAUGACUUCUAUAUGAUUUCAUUUUAGAAUUAAGUGUUGCCACCACUGCUAGCAUCUUAGCCCAUACCACCAAGUGCUUAAUUGACCUCUAUUUAAUUGUAAAUAUAAAUGUACUAUUUUUUUCGCAGAAAGGGACCCCGGCUACUCCGGGGUUGUAAACUAAAGACUGGUCAUGUAGAUAGGUGUUCUGUACCAGUAUGGAGACUGUAAAGAUUUAAAAGGGUGGUUCAGGGGGUCAGUUUGAGCACUAAAAAUGACUUCUUGUUCUCUAAUCAUGUGACAAGGGACAGGAUUUGAUCCCCUCUGAGGUUUGGCUAAGUCUGAGCAGCAAGGAAGUACCACUUACUGGUAAUGUCAUUCUGCACGCAUCGUCAUCCCAAAUGUGGGAACUCCCUUUGUAGUUCGCUUUGAGAAAUAUCUAAUGGGAGAACAACCAUUUCAUUUUUAGCUUCCAUUUAUAACUCUAUGAGAUGAACAUUUCAAACGGUUUUAAUUGCAGGCUUACUUCCCAGCUAAGUUGUAUGCUUUUUUUAAUACUGUGGGAUCACUGGUGUUAAAAUUUGCACAAAAAGGUAUUUGAAGAAAAGAAAAGUGCCGUUGUAUGUAACUGUAUAUGUGCUUGUAAACUAAGUAUACAUACAUAUGUUCUCACAAGCUGUGACACAGGGGUUGCAUUAGCAUAGGUAGAAUUAUUAUGGAACACUCACUGAACAUUACUGAAAUACCAUAAUGAGACUGUGGAGGGAGAAAUGUCAAAGGUCAAACAUAAACGGACUCUAGCGGUACUGUUUUGAUCACCACCGUUUCAUCAUGUAAUUCUCAAUGGUAAUAUCGAUCAUAUACACUAUAGUCAAAUGGACAAAACACAUUCCUUACUGUUGGACUCAGUGAAGAUGUAAAAAGAAUAUGAAUGUUACAUUUUUUGUUGUUGUAAUGUAAUGCCAAAAUGUGUUCUCGAUUUAUGGCCAAAAUUAGUGCGGUGUCUCUACCGCAAUGUUGAACAAAAGGAAACGAGUUGUGUAGAAGAAGAAGAAAAAGUCAGUUAAAACACUACAAGAUUCAUGUUGGUUUUAAUUUACACAGUAGGAAUGUGUAAUGAUUAUGGACAAACUAACCUCCUGGCGCAUUACCAUUUUCAUAUUGCAAUGCACAUUAUAUGUAUAUAGUGUAAAAUAAAAUCGGUUGGUUUUA